GGACGUUUCCCAUCGACACCACCAAGACUCGGCUGCAGAUCCAAGGAGCCCGCAGCGAUGGGGGCCAGAUCGUUGCCAAGCGAUACAAGGGCAUGAUCCAUGCUCUUCUCAAGAUAUCGAGUGAGGAAGGUGUCAGGGCAUUGUAUUUCGGUAUUGCUCCAGCUGUCCUCCGUCAGGCAACAUAUGGAACCAUCAAGUUUGGCAUUUAUUACUCCCUGAAACAGAUGCUGACAAAAAAUCCCAAUGAAGAGAGAUUGGGCAUCAACGUUUUUUGUGCAGUCACUGCAGGUGUGGUGUCAAGUGCUAUGGCCAACCCCACUGACGUCCUGAAAGUCAGGUUACAGAGUGGGCGUUCCGACUUCAAGGAGAAGUCUCUCCUUCAGGCAUUUAUUAGUAUAUAUAACCAGGAGGGAAUACAGGGCCUAUGGAGAGGAGUUUGCCCAACGGCGCAAAGAGCAGGGGUCAUCGUAGGAGUAGAGCUGCCAAUUUACGACAUGUGCAAACACUAUUUCAUCAAGAUGAACUUGCUGCCAGAUAAUACUACAAACCACUUCUUAUCGAGCUUCAUAUCUAGCCUGGGGGGUGCAGUUGCAUCAACGCCUCUGGAUGUUGUGAGGACACGCCUGAUGAACCAAAGAAAACUUAAAGCUCCAGCUGCAGUAAGUGGCAAUGGUGCUGUUUGUACAUCCCCAGUGUAUGCUAGCACUGCAGACUGUUUCAUACAGACUGUUAAGGCUGAGGGACCCUUGGCUCUCUAUAAGGGCUUUAUCCCUACAUGGCUGAGACUUGGCCCAUGGAACAUCAUCUUCUUUGUCACCUUCGAGCAACUCAAGAAGUUUUAUUAGGUUGUGUAGCAACUCCAUUGGACCCAUGUGAAGCUCAAGACAUCUAAUGAAGUUCCUGUUACCUUCCGAAGGUCUAUGUGGCAUUAAGAAGAUCUAAUGGGAAACCUGGUAGCAUUAAAGUGAAGUGCAGCUUAUAAUCUUGUUGUGAUCUAUGUCAUAGAUGGAGUUCAUGGUUCAAAACCAUUUCAUGAACUAAAGAGCAUUUCCUGGAAUUUCAUGUCUGAUGACUUGCAUUUGUUCACCUACAGAGUUGUCCACUUGAUGAAAGCAAUGGACAAAAAAGGGGGGAAAAGUUUUGAAAUUAAAAGGGAAGCUCUUUAUUCUCAUACUUUUUUUUAACAUUUGAGACCUUAGCAGUGAUUCUUCAUAGCAAACACAUUGCAAAGUCGUUUUGACAAUCUGUAUGGAGAAACCUGUCUGUCAGAUCUCAUAUUUCAUAAAUCAGAUCCACAUCACAUCCAUUUCUUUUGUUUUAUAAUCAUAUAUGUCAGCCUCAUUAAUAUAGGGUGCUCUUGUCAAUUUCUCUCCUGUGGAGCAGGGGGACUCUUGUAUAAUAUCAGAAUGUCAUGUUUGAUAUUAGUCAUUCCAACUAGGAAGAUCCUUCACCAGAAUGAGAUGUUGAAAUGGUAAUAUAUUUUAUGGAGUUGUUUUUUUGUUUUUUUUUUUCUUCUUCUUAAUGGAAGAUGUAAAUAUCUCAUUUUAGAUCUACUGUUCAUAAGGUCUGUUUAAAUUACUUCCUGGUUAAAUGCAGUUGUGAAAUGACUUGUGUGAAGACUGAAAGACUUUUCAGUGACCAAAGAUUUGCUAUUGAUAAAUGCAGCAGUGGAUCAACCAAGUUUUGACAGUGAGCAUUGAAUUACUAGGCAUACAGCCAUUUCACUUGCCUAGUCCUAGCACCAGUUUUUAUUUUUGGUGAGAUUGGCUUAAGUAGGAUUAUAUGCUUUUAUGACCGUUGAUGUUCUCUUCAAAUUACAGUAUUUAAGAAAGUAUAUUCAAGGAAACUAUUGCUCACUUCCAAACUCAAUCCUUGCUCUGUGUAUAUGAUUACUUUUGACAAAUGUAUUGUGUAAAUGUGAAUUUAUCUAUUUUUGUAGAAAGUGAACGAGGUGAGAUACCGAUGAAUGAAACGCAGUGAAAAGAUCAAAGAGUAAUGGUGUGUGAUAACUCAUUAAUUUAUUUUGGUCUGGAUCUGAAGUAAUUGCUUUUGUAAGUUUUUGUUAUGUAGGUUGGAGAAAUGGAAUAUUUGCCCUUUAUCUACUCUUUCGGAAGUAUUUAUACAUUGUAAUACUCAAAAGCAAUUGUAAAUUAUCUUUUUUAUGAAUUGCAGUUUGUAAGAGUACAUGGUGAGUGUUAGGAUGUUCAGUAACUUAUUCUUCCAAAUAAAAGUUAUAUCAAUA